AUGAAAAUCAAUCUUGAGAAACGUAAAGUAGUAACUGAUAAGUUUUUCGAAUAUAUUUGGUUCUUCUGGAAGCUCCUUGGAUUCUAUAGGGACGAAAAAUAUUCCUUUCUCCAAAAAGCCCAUGUGGCCUAUACCAUUGCUUGCGUCAAUGGAGUAGCGAUAUUACCCUUCAUUGUGCAGUUGUUUUUUGUGGAAGAUUUGAAGCAGUUGCUGAACAUCCUGCCCAUGAAUUUAACACUCAUAUCUUGCCUAAUAAAGUUCAUAAUAUUUUUGGAUAAACGCCGUGAGCUUAUUGAAAUCCACCAGCUUAUCACGAAAUUGGACAGCAAGCAGCUCACUUCGGAAGAAAUUGAAUCUUUGGAAAAUCUCAACCAGUUUUGUAAAAAGAUAAUCUUUAUCAUCUUUAUUCUGUUUGAAGGAAUGGUAACCAGUGCCGCGGUCAACGGAGCCUUAUCUCACCGGGAGACCCUUUUGUUCGAUAUCUGGAUGCCAUACAAUUACCAUGAUCCACCUUUGGUGUACUGGGUCACCUUCAUAGUUCAGUUUAGUUUUUUCCUACUACUGGGUAUUCAGAAUUUAACAAAUGAUCUAAUUGGACCAUUGUAUUUCAUCAUACUCAAUAAACAUUUGGAAAUUGUCCUGAAUCGAAUUGGAAGAGUUGGUUGGGAUAGGAAAAAGGAUCAAGAAGAAAACUAUCAGGAUUUCAUCAAUUGCAUUGAGGAUCACAGGCUUAUAAUGAGAAUAUUUGACAUACUUCAAAACAGCAUUUCCUAUACGCUCUUCGUCCAGUUUGUCACCACCGGGGUAUUACUGUCUAUGGAGGCUCUUCUUUAUCUACUUUACCCACCAAAUCUCACAGAGCUUGCAAUAAUAGUUUCUUAUGUCCUGGACGUCACUUUGGAGAUUCUACCGUGUUGUUACUACUGCAACAAUUUCAUGGCCAUCACGGAUAGGACAGUUACGGCCAUAUUUUCAUCAAACUUUAUUGACCAGUCAAUAAAAUUCAGGAAAACCGUCAUCACAUUUAUGCAAACGACUCAGAAAAGUCAUGUUGUGCUUGCUGGGAAAAUUUUCCCAGUUACUUUGGGUACCUUUUUGUGGGUUAUGAAAGUGGCAUACUCGUUACUAACCGUGGCAACUAGACUUCGUUGAUGGACUUGUGAGUUUUAAAUACACAUCUGAUGUUUCAUUUGCAUGUAGCACAGAAUAUUUAUUUCACAAAUCACCAUGCGCUUAAAUAUUCAAAUCAGAAGGUAAGAAGCCGAAAAGUGUGGACUUUUAUCUUACUAUCUUUUAACUUAC